AUAAUUAGUGUGGUGAAAUUAUAUAUGAGCAAUAAUCGUUAUAAUAGUACUGAUAUUAAAUGGAGACGUAAUGACAUUCAAGAUAGUAAUAAACUUAAUUUACAUGUGCAGAGCUAGAAAGAUUUGUUAGGGUGGGUUGAAGACAACUAAGUUUGUUACUAUCUUGAAUGUCAUUUAGUCUCUAUUUAAUAUCAGUAUUAUUAUAACGAUUAUUGCUUAUAUAUAUUAAAGGCUCCAAUUUCACCUCACUGAUUAUUGCUCACUAUAUUAAAGGUUCCCAUUGUGAAAGACAAUGUUAUGGGCUUUGAAGAUUAGGCCGAAAAAGCAAUCAAACUUCUCACUAAAGGACCCAAGUAACUACAAGUUAUAUCAAUCAUAGGUAUGGCAGGACUUGGUAAGACAAUGCUGGCUAAAAUGAUAUAUACUGAUGUUGAGUUUGAAUUUUACAAUUACCCAUGGGUUUUUGUUUCUCAAAAUUAUAUUGAAAAGGAAGUGUUUCAGGAUAUUCUAAGACAAUUUAAUAAACCUAGUAAAUCUAACAUGAAUGAAGUUGAAUUAGCCGAUGAACUUUGUAAAUUUUUGGAGAAAGGAAAAUAUUUAAUCGUCAUGAAUGAUGUAUGGUCUAACAAGGCUUGGGAUGAUUUAAAAAUUGCCUUUCCUGACAACGAGAAGAAAAGUAGAAUUUUACUUACUAUUCGUAUUGAGAAAGUGGCUAAGUAUGCCAACCCUAACAUCGAUCCCCAUAAGUUGCGAUUUCCCCAAGUGUACUAGAUCUAGUUUGUUUGACAGUCUGGGAAAAUUGGAUUACCUUGAAAAUUUGAAGCUAUGGAAUGAUGUAUUUCCUCAACUACCUUAUGAAGGAAAAAUACGGAGCCUUCCACAAAGCAACAAAUUUCCAUCCAAGCUUAAGAAGCUAACAAUAGUAGAGACCAUGCUUGAUUGGAAGCAUAUGUCUACUUUGGGACUGUUGAAAGGCCUUGAGAUCCUGAAGUUAAAAGACAAUGCAUUCACUGGAGACUUGUGGAAGUCCCAGGAUGGAGGUUUCCGUUCUCUGGUAGUCUUGCAUAUUGGAAGGACAGAUUUAGUUUUUGGGAAGGCUUCUGCUCUCCAUUUCCCAUCACGGAAGUGCCUUCAUCUUAAUCACUGCAGUAAGCUUAAUGUAGUCCCAUUCGAACCGGCUAAUGUUCCAAGCUUCCAGAUAUUGGACUUGAACUGUACCACCAGAGCAGCAGCUAAGUCUGCAAAGAAAAUUUCGGAGCAUAAAAAGCAGCCUGGUGGUAGUGGAUUUAAGCUUUCCAUUUACCCUCCAGAUCAUGAUCAACGAUCUCCAUUUUUUCAAAGCUCAAAAAUGGCAUAUAAUCAGAUGAACAAUGAUGUCAUGAGUGUUGAAUAAAGGAAGUUUAGAUGCAUGGAGCCAAUGUUUCUCUUCCCUGUGUUUUUACAUUUCGUUCAAUAAAAGGUUGCACUUCAUUUAAGCGUAGGUUGAACUUCAGAAUUCAGUUUGUUGUACUGCUGUCUACAUUUUACCUUGCUUCAGUUUUUGACUAUGGAAUUACUGCUGCUUUCAUUUACCUACUUAUAAUCUUCUUAUUGGUCAAGUUGUCAAUUUUGAAGAGGUAAAUAGAAACUGCAUGGUCUUGCGCUC